CCGCGCUCCGGACUCCCAGGUCCCGCUGUGAUUGGACGCGAGAAAGACGAGCUGCAGUUGGAAUGGGCGGAACGUGUGCGCGUGUGUAUGAAAUGGGCCAAUCAGAGGCGAACAGCGGUCUCCUUGGUUACGUCUUGUACACCGACUGCCUUCUUUGCGGAUGAAGUGUGGAAAGCAAACCUUUACAAGCGAGAGAUGAGUGGGAGAGACCUGCGUGCCUUUCUGUCGAGUCACCGUGCUGAGGAUGUAGAGAAGCUGACGCAGAGAGUAAAGGAUGAUCUGGGAAUCACCAAAUACAAACCUGUUCAGUAUGACGAGCUUCAGGCCAUGGUGGAGGCCAAGAAGCUGCACUCUGAGAAGAUUGAGCACAAGAUACAGAAGAGUCUGCGUGUGGUUCAAGAGAGGAGAGAGAGUGGCCUGCUACGUCAGCACAGACAUGCGUGGACUGCCGAGAACCACAAACUGAGCCGAAGCAGGGAGCGAGUGGAGGCAGACAUGAGGAACUUCCUGACUAGAAGCAGACUGGAUGAAGGGGAAGAUGGAGACCUCUUCACUGAUCUGCUGCAUGCUGAACUGAGAUUGGAGCAUGAACGUGAAGCGUUUCGCUUGGCCACAGUAGAGCCAGUAUGCCAGCUAAGAGAGGACCUGCUCUACAGACUGAUAUCACGGCCUCCAGCAGCCAAUCAGCAUGAAGAGUGGGUGCAAGUCCUUCAGCAGGUGAUAUCUGUGAAGGAACAGCAGCAGGCUGUGAUGGACAGACUGCAGGAUGAGUGUGUCUCUCUCGAGCAGGAGCUAAGCGCUGCUGGACUGGAGGAGCGACUGGAUACUGCUGCAGUGGAGGAGUAUGUUGAUGUUCUGGAGCAGAUACCAGAGGAGAUCCUGACCGCACACUGCCCUUACCCCGAGGCCAAAGAAUCCAUCAUCACGGCCUUCAUCAACAUGUCAGAAAAAUACUCACAGCGCCUAAAGACGGCACGCAGCAGGUUGCUGGGCCUGGACAGGAAUUGUGGCUGGAAUGAAGAAGAUCACUUGCGAUUCCUUCACAUCGUAGGUCAAUAUUCUCCUGAGCUAAGAAACCAUAGAGGGCUCUAUAUGGAUAUGCUCCAGAGAAUUCUACCCCAUAUCUCCAGAGCAGAACUGAGUGCCCACGAGCGGACCUGGGACUGGUACAGGUUCGGCGUGGAGCAGGAGAGGCUGCUGUUGGAGAGUUGGCACAGGGAGCAGGCAUUUCUGCGGCUGAGGACACUGCGGUUGUUGGAGGAUGCCAGGGUCAUCUAUGAUGAAGAGCAGAGCCUGCAGAGUGACAGAUUACACCAGCAACACAUCUGUGUACAGCUUAGACAAAAGCUGCAGCAGUGGCAUGAGCAGCAGGAAGAGGUGGCACAGAUGGAGGCGGCUAUAGCGUCACGCUGGCAGGAGGAGGAGAAGGAACGACAGAAAGAGGAGCAGGAGAGAGAGCACGCUAAGAGGACCAGACAGAAACAACAAGUGCGGGAGUUUCACGAGGAGCAGCGGAGGAGGAGAGCGGAGUGGAGGCGCAGGGAGGAGACGAGACUGGCGCUGCUCAGGAGAGAGAUGGAGGAGCAGGCGAGGAGAGAUAAAGAAAGGGUGCAGUUCAGAGAGAAGUUGCUGCAGCAUCGACAGCAGGAGCAACAAGCUAAAGAGAGACUCAGACAGAGAGAGGAUGAGGAGCGAGAGGAGAGACUUCAGACACUACGCAAUCAAGUUGCCAUUGUGGCAGGAGCAGACCCAGAGAGGAUGAUGGGACAGACUGAAGCGUGGAGAACCCGCCUACAGCCUGACAAAGAAGAGUUCAUGUUGCAGAAACCCCUCUAUCACUUACACACCUAUACAGACACACAGAUCGUGGCUGACCCGAGGGUGCGUAUAGAACAGGCGCUCAGGACGGCAGGUCUUCAUCACACACACUACGCUCGAACGCUGCUUUCAGAAAUCCCACCACCAAAACCACCGCGACGGGACACGGAAUCCACCGCCUUUAAAUCUUAACCUUACAUUGUUCACAUCACACGCACACUGUUAAUGUUUCAUCCAGCCAUUUUCUGUACUACUUAUCCUACACAGGGUUCAGGGGAGCCUGGAACUAUCCCAGGGAACUGGGGGCACAAGGCAGGGGACACCCUGGACGGGGGAGGCAGCCCAUCACAGAGCACAAGCGCACACACUACAGACAAUUUAGAGAUGCCAAUCAGCCUAGAAAACAUGUCUUUGGAUGAGGAGAGGAAACUGGAGCACCCGGAGAAAACGUCUGGGUUGCGCAUGUAACCCUGUUCUCUGAGAAGGGAACGAGACGGUGCGUUUAGCAUAACAGUAUGGGAGCGCCCUUGCGCCCAUAGCGGAAGGAGGAGUCACGACGCGAACUCCAAAAUCCAGCGGAGAGCCGGACCCGGAAGAUAGAACAAGUGAUAGAGCAGCGCUCGUCUCCGGCUCCUCUUCCGGAUCCAUAACAGAUCCCCCGGACCUGAGACGGCUAGCUGCCUCGGCAGCGGCUGGCCCAAAUCCGCGAGGCUCUGAAACCCAACUCGCUUCGGCUUCCGAGAAGAGCGCGAGUCGCGAGCCGAGUUGCCUAAUGUAGGCGUUACAAUGCGCAGCCUCUCGAGGCUGCCAUCGCGUGCUACACCCCUAGACACUUCACACAGAAAGUGUGCACUACUCCCCGUGAUGAAACUAGAGCUUCCUGAAUUUUCUCUCUCAUAUUUUUCUCUCUCGCUCAUUCCUUUUUUUCCCCCCUUCUCUUUUGUUAAAGGGAUAGAAAAAUUCUGAGAUUUUCAGAAAAGAUAGAGAGGAAACGAAGCUUCUUUUCUUUCUUUACCCAAACAACCGACAUGCAGUCUUUCUCUGAAGAUAAUAAGGCUGACGGCGUGGUUCACAGGUGCCAUAUCUAUAUCACGCGACGCGCUUAAUUGCCACGUCACCUGAUCAUGGCAGGCCUAUAAAUAGAGGCAUGAUUUUACACAAGCUUCAGAUACUGGUUGCACGCAGGGGCGCUCCCAUACUGUUAUGCUAAACGCAACGUCGAGUUCCCUUUGAAAGGGAACCCCCAAAGCAUGGGAAGAGCUUACAAACUCCACGUACACAGGGCGGAAGCAGGUUUGAUUCGAAGCCCCGACCCCAGAGGUGUGAGGAAAACAUGCUAAACAAAUAAGCCACCGUGCCCCCCUCUUAAUGUUUCAUCUCAUGUAAAAAAAAACAAAACAAAACAAAACCAAUAACAGGAACCAGGGCGUUCUGCUCCGCUGCAGAGCGACAUGAUUUCCAUUACAGGCAGAACCCUGAAAAAAGGAAAGGCUGAGAUGCUAAUCAGUAAGCAUAAUCAUUAUUAUACUCUACUGCAUAAUACUGGAAAUGAAAUGCUUUACAGAGAAAAUGUAAUAGUCUUUUUUUGAAUUAAAUCCAGACCACAUUACUGUUGAAAGUAGAUUUGAAGAGCUCUGCUACUUCACCUCUGCUGGGUUCGUUAAUGUAUCUCUGAUAGAUGGGGGUUUUGAAUUGGGAGAAGUGUCCAAUCUUAAAGCUACUGCGACUGCAGGUUUUCAUUCCCAUCAACACGCAUCCCGUUAAUGGCAGCCAUGUUGCGUUGGCAUUAUUUCAUAAACCACCUGAUUGAUUCACUUUACACUUGAGAUGCUUUGCAAUGUUAUUACUCUGAAUGGAAGAAAAACCUGGGAUUGGAACCAGACGACUAACCUGUACGUGUUAGACGUGAUGCGCCCUUCGUUAAACAUUAAAGACGUCACUGACUACGUUUACAUGGACAGCAAUAAUCUAAUUACUGACCUUACUCUGAUUAAGAUAAUAAUGUGAUUAAGGUGUUUACAUGAGUCGCUUUUAGAAUACUCCCGUCAUGUUCCCGUUUUACAUGUUUUAGAACAUAAUCAGAUUAACUGCCCGCGUCAUUACGUCACCGCGCCACGCCGUCCGACGUCCCUCCAGAAUCUCACGUAUCGACAUACAGUUCGUCUUCGUUAUGGGACCGUAUACAGUUUUGGGUGUUUUUAUUUAUUUUUUUAACGAACGCUUUAAGUGCGGUUAAUUAUUUGUCAUGCUGUACGUGCUAAUAGAUAACUGCUUGAAGCGGUGGGUGUGUCCCAAAUCGCGUAGUUACCGUCUAUAUAGUAGCCGAGAUACGUGUAUUUUUCCUCACUACAGGCCUAUAGUAGGAAAGUGUGCGAUUUGGGACACAGCCGAACGCUCUUGUUCGCCGUAAAACGUAAAACUGCCGUGUGUGAUCGCGUCCUGUCGCAAAAUGCGGUGAAAACUCCCACACGACGUUCAUAACGUGAUUAAGGUGUGUACAUGUCUGUAAUACACGUCCAUAAUGCGACUAAAACAGGAGUACUCCACCUGUCUUAAUUAGAUUAUUGCUUACUUCGAUUAUGACCUUAAUUAGAUUAAGGUAAGUAAAAAUCGCUGUUUACAUGCUAGUUUAGGAGUUAGGUUUGCUAUGAUGACAAUAAAAAAAAAAAUACGACGGCCUCUGGACUUCUCUGGUGGUCUUUUUUUUUUCUUUCUUCUUUUUCCCAAAGAAGCACAAAUCCAUAUUUUCAAUCGUGAGUUUAUUCAUGUAUAAAUAACUGAAUCAGUUUAAUACAAAUAAAUUUAUCACAUACAUUUGAUUUCUGCAAUUUUGAAAAGACGUUCAGCACGUCGAGGAAAUUCAAAAGCAUUAAGAGUCAAAGUCAGCUACUGUGUUAAGUAAAAAUACAUAUAUAGUAUUUAACAUAUCUACAACAUGUACACAUAUGUACAGAAGUCAGAACACAGCACUGACGUAUGCUUCUUAUAAACGUUAUAAACAGGCAUUUGUAGCUGUUGAUUUCUUUUUGACUUUAGGACAAUAUAAAUGUGUUUCUGAAUGAAACGUGUUUAAUCUACCACAUCGCACUUCUUCUUACCCAAAAGCUGCGUUCGUGAAUUUAAAGAAGUAUUCCACGGUUUUCCACCUCGAUCUUUAUCGACUGCACCUGUAGCGUGUGUGUGAUUACGACAGAGGACAUGUCUUCAUGUACAGCACUGAACAAUUAUAUCAGGUGUGUAUUUUUGAGAAACACUUUUAUAACUUCAAUCACAGUAUUUGUAAAUUAGGCUCUAAAUCACAAGCUGUUCGUUCAGUCUUUUCAGGG